CACUGUUUUAAAAAAAAACUGUCUCGCAACCGUGCUGGAUUUGGGCUGCUUGGUCUUUCUUUUUAGGAACUUUACUGUAUUGCUACUCUAAAAGGGGCAGUGACGUUAAUACUACAGCCAAUCAGAUUCAUAUAGUCACUGAAGUUCAUUUGUUGAUUGUCGCUCUUCUUGUGGAGCAGCACUAGAGCGAGAAGCGCGGCGUCAGGUGUUCAAAGGGCAGGAGCUCAUUACUAAUAUCCACCAAUGGAAAUUUAUAAACUGGUAUGUGUAGUUUAAGGUCAUUUUUGUGACUGAACACAGUUUACUUUGCCGUUCAUUUGAUUUAACCUCCCCGCGCGCCUUUUACAUCGCUACAAAAUGUUUCAUCUCCUCGCAGGACUAAUGUGCAUCUAUGCACUGACGGGUGUAAAAGUUGUCUAUGGACAAAAUGAAAAAGGUGAGCGCUUUCUAUGUACUGCAGUCCCAAUUGACAAGGAUACAUAUUGCCCCGUGCAGUCUCUGCCUGUUCAAAGCGCAUCGGUCCGUGAGGAGGAACUGAGGAACACCGUCAUGCAACUCCGCGAGACCAUCCUACAACAGAAGGAGACGAUUGUCAAUCAGUUAGAAACGAUUAAAGAGCUGACGUCGAAACUGUCGCGCUGUGAGUCUGACUCCGAAACGUUUAGGAAAAUGAAUAAGGACACAAUGGAUGAUGUGCCUAAAGAUCCGAAUGACACCAUAGACGUUCUUGGAAAAACCACGCAGAGUCUGAAAGAUCGACUGGAAAAUCUAGAGCAACAGCAAAUGCGAGCCAAUAUCUCCGGUGCAUCCUUUCCUAAUGAGCUGAGAAAUCUACUGCAGCGUAGACUGGAGGACUUGGAAAAUCAACUGCUGGUGAAGGUCAGUGAGCUCGAGGAAGAGAAGUCCCAGCUAUACAAUGAGACAGUCUCUCAUCGCCAUCGCACUGACAGUACCCUCAACUCUCUCAUGAACAGGAUCUCUGAACUGGAGAAAGGAGGAGGUGGAUUUAAAUCACCAGAGAAUUUCAAGAUCUCUCUUCCUCUUCGCACAAAUUACCUUUUCGGACAAGUAAAGAAAAGUCUGCCAGAAAUGUACGCCUUCACUAUCUGCAUGUGGCUCAAGUCAGGUUUGAGCCCUGGCAUUGGAACCCCGUUUUCCUAUGGAGUGCCUGGACAGGCAAAUGAGAUCGUACUGAUCGAAUGGGGACAUAACCCUAUAGAACUGCUCAUUAAUGACAAGGUGGCACAGCUUCCUCUAUCACUAAGUGAUGGGAGGUGGCACCAUGUCUGCAUCACUUGGACUACUAGGGAUGGGCUUUGGGAAGCCUAUCAGGAUGGCCAAAGAUUGGGCUCAGGAGAAAAUCUGGCACCCUGGCACCCUAUCAAGUCUGGAGGAGUCCUUAUCCUCGGCCAAGAGCAGGAUGUAGUAGGGGGACGCUUUGAUGCCACCCAGGCCUUUGUGGGGGAACUGAGCCACUUUAAUGUCUGGGAUCGGAUCCUGCGCUCCACGGAUAUCAUUGCCAUGUCAAACUGCUCGUUCUACAUGCCUGGGAAUGUGGUGGCAUGGACGGACACCAACAUCGAGGUGUUUGGGGGAGCAUCAAAGUGGCCACUGGAGCUAUGCGAAGAUCGGCUGUUUGACAAUUAAUAUGUCAAAUAUUGUAUUUGUGAGCAAUAUUAAAUCCUUUUCAUCCUUAAAAAGUAUUCAUCACUUAAAAAGUAGCAAAUAGCUCAGAAAAUUCCACUUGAACUAUAUAUUUAAAUGUUCCUGGAUAGUUCAAAAUGCAGAGAAAUGGAACAUUUCAGUUAAUAUAUUCAGUUAAAGGAAAGGAAAUUGCCAUUACAAAACAUACGGUACUACCAUGGUACUCUGAUAAAUACCACAUCACUGAAUGAUUAUCAUUUAUGUACAGUCCAUUAUACUGCUUUCAAACCAUGUUGGAAUUAUUCAUUAUUUUAAACUUAUUCAUUAUUUCAAACUUGUCAUGUGGAAACACUGACAACAGCUUCAGAAGUAAAAUGUAGUUAAGCGGUUAUUUCAUAAUAUCCCUGUUUAAUAAUUCCUAUGUAUGUGACCACUGUUAAUUUCUUAAUAAUGCAAGACUAAUCUGCAAAAAACAAAACAAAUAAAUACAAUACAUUUUUAUGUAGCUAGCACAGAGUUUGCACAGAAUAACUUUCUAAUGCCCCACUGAAUAAACUAUAAGAUUAUUAAUAAGACAUUUUCAUUAUCUCUUGUAUUGAGGCUUUUAUUGUUUACUCAAAUUACACAGAUUAAUUUUGUUGUUGAGCGUUUUUUUUUUAAAACUCAUAGUUCCAAUUCUGAGGACAUGAACAGCUCUAAGUAGGACAUCCUGGGUUGUCAUCUAAUAAUAUUUAUUACAGCAUAGCAUGAAUGCAGCCAGGCCUGGCCCUGACCAAUUAGGUGCCCUAGGGAAGAUUUUAGCUGGUGCCCCUUUUGCAUCACCGGCAGUUCCACCCCCGAUCCUUCACACAGAAAGCUUCAUGACAUAAAACAAAUUACAUAUGAAAUAAGACUUUGCACAGAAAAAUAAACUGCCAUUAACUCGGCUUGCUAUUUAAAUUAGAGAAAAAAUUAGAGAAAUGUAUCGUCCAAAGGCAGCUACAAUACUAACAUUUAAAUCUUGCUUUCUUCAUUUCAGACAUUCUUAAACUUUUGCAGAAUCCAGUAUUGAUUUUUAAUGUAUUCAAUUUAAGCAAAAAAACAAAAAAGAGAAAUCAGAGUAUAGGAAGAAUAUGGUUAGUUGCUUCAUUAGCCUAUAUUUUGAUCUAAAUUAGACUGUAUCAUUUCAAAACCUGCAGCAAAAACAUAAUGAUCUGACUUUAGUUUUGUGAAAUCAGGUUAAAACAUACCGUAAAGCAGAUGUACUGAAUAAAAAAACAAAUUCACUCUCUGCCAGCAGGUGGAGCUUAAGGAACAGCAGUGUUGCAUUGUUUCCUUGAUUACCACUGUAAACACUAAAUGCAUUAUUGAGAGGCAAGAUGAAAGGAAAAAGCCAUCUAAACAGUUUCUUAAGAUAGUCAGUUCCCCUCAGAGAUACAUUUGUACUUCACGCAUUGUGAACAGUGAGCUUGCUCUGCCAGCUAAUGUAUUUUCUCCUUUUUGCAUCUUUGGGCUCUGUUAACUCCGUUUACAGACUCUGAAAUAAAACAAAAAACCGUCUGGUUCUGAUUUACAGCUAAUUGGUGCAUUUCUGCUUUAACUCAAAUAUUAAACUGCUUUUAUUAUUAUGGUUUGCCAGCAAAAAUAAAUGCGCUGUAUGUUUCAGAGUGAAGCUUUGCACUCAGACACAUUACCCGUUUUGGUCUGAAAAAUGCAGCGCAUAGUUUUUUAAUUUAAUUAAAUCACAGCCUUUGUGAUAUGACUAUGGCAUUAAGCCAUAAUGUGAUAUCAAUUAUAUGUCGAUAUAUAGUGCACCCUUUAAAAAAAAAAAAAACAUAAUUUGGGUGCCCAUAUGAAUGGAAGGGGCCAGCCCUGAAUGCAGCAAAAAGCUUUUAGAUCAAUAGAAUGUUCCAUGUUCCAUGUCCACUUUUGAAUGUGCAUUGUUGCCCUGUGGUUUAAGAGAGCCUAAGUUAACAUGCUUAUGUUUCAUUACAAAUCUGUUUUUGAUUUAAAAACAAGGCCAUACAUUAUACAGGAGGAACACUUUUGGAUCUUGUGUUGUACUUAAGUCUUAAAUUUAGACUUUGGUGAGGGAAAUCACAUUUGAGAUUAAAUUUAUAGUGGUGCCGUUAGCCUGUGAAGUUUUAUCGCAGACCACCAGAGCUAAUAAUGUGCAUAAAUAUUUCUUCUUAAAAUCUGUCAUAGAUUCUUAUAAAUAGAUAUUUAAUUACAAAUGUUGAGAAUCAACUCUUUUUUCAAGUCUAAAGCACAUAUCUGUUUACAUGGACUGAAUUACCCAUUGAAGAUUAUAAAUGCUUUAACACUGUCAGAUAUUUGAAGACAAGUGAACUGUGAGUUAUGCUGCAAGGUCUGUUUCUUGAAAUAUGUUAUCAUAUUUUUAUACCCUGUUUUUAAAGAUGCCAUUUUUUUUUAGAUAUUUCAUUUGUGUUGUUUUGUUUUAUUGGAAUGUCAGGAUACCCAUAUAUUGUUUUAAAGCCUUUUUUGUUUACCGUGCCAAUUAUUCAGGGUUUGCUUGAAACUGCGAUUUCAUAACCUGUGAUU